GGCAAGUCGUCAAUGGACAUGGGGCCCGACUCCCCUGACGGUCCACCAGAGGCUUGGUCCCCCUCUCCUGCGUCCAUAGCACCUUACAACCGUGAGCCAGAUGUUUCAUCAAAUUUAAUGCAUCAUGAGUCAAGGGCAUUAUUCCCAAGGGGGAGGACAACAAAGACAGAGCCAAGGUCAAGGCCGUGGUCAGUACCGCCCUUGGAGAGGAAGAGGGAGGGGAAGGUACUACCAUCACUAUGGCAACAGGGGAAGAGGAGGAUUCAUGUCAGCUAGGGGAGGAAGGGGUGGGGCCCUGUUGGCUGACCCUACACCCUCCAGACCAACUCUUGUCCAGACUACAAUAGAAGUUCAGUCUCCAUACAAAGGAUGGAAAUUGUACUUCCCAGAUGAAGUUUACAGUCAUCAGUCACCUAUUGUUCAUAAAGUCCAGGUGUUUGAGAAGUAUUUCACCAGUUGGUAUACAGCUUAUAAAUGGACAGAUAUAGAGGAAAAAAAUGUCAUGGUUGUGGAUUUCAAGGAAUUGAAUUCUGAUGAAGGAAUACUCGGAAAUCUGCCCAAUAUAAACUCAGAACUUCGAGACUCACCAGAACAACUGAUUGCAUGUAUAGGAUUGGCUGUUCACCAGCUUGUCGCUCACCAUCGACAAACUUUACCGGAGGAGGAGGAGCCGAGCGAUUACAGCCCACCCAGGGUUAAUGUUCGACUUAUCAAUUCAUGUCAGCCCACUGCUCUGAAGAAUUUGAAAGCAAAUUAUUACGGUAAGUUUGUGUCUGUGAAGGGGACGGUAGUCAGAGUGAGUAACAUUAAGCCCCUGUGUACCCACCUGGCCUUCCAGUGCUGCAGCUGUGCUUCUGUUCAGAGUAUAACGUUACCAGAUGGAAAAUUUGUCCAGCCGACUAGGUGUCCUGUACAGGGUUGUAGAGGAAAAAGUUUCAUUCCAUGCCGUAGCUCUGAGUUAACUCAAACAAUUGAUUGGCAGACAGUGAGAAUACAAGAGAUCAUGGGAGAUGGAAUGAAGGAAUCAGGGAGAAUUCCACGUACCGUGGACUGUGAACUCGCUCAGGAUCUUGUGGACAGUUGCGUACCAGGGGAUGUUGUUACGGUGUCAGGUGUGGUCAAGGUCAACAGCACAGAUGAAGGACGAGGGAGAAACAAGGACAAGUGUAUGUUUCUGCUGUAUGUUCAGGCUAACUCUGUAAACAACACAAAGGGAAACAAAACGGGAGACAACUCUGGUCUGGCCCUAGAUUUCACCAUGAAGGAACUGUAUGCUAUUGAAGAAAUCCAAAGUGAAGAAAAUCUCUUCCGACUUCUUGUUGCGUCACUUUGCCCUUCAAUAUACGGACAUGAGUUGGUGAAGGCAGGUUUGAUUCUUGGUUUGUUUGGAGGAAGUCAGAAGUUCCUGAAUGACAAGAACCGUAUUCCUGUUCGAGGAGAUCCACAUAUCCUGGUAGUGGGGGAUCCAGGAUUAGGGAAAAGUCAGAUGUUACAGUCGUUGGCAAACAUAUCCCCCCGCAGUGUUUAUGUAUGCGGUAAUACAACUACCACUUCUGGACUGACUGUUACUUUGUCCAAGGACGGGGGCUCUGGUGACCAUGCCCUGGAGGCCGGGGCGCUGGUGUUGGCUGACCAGGGCUGCUGCUGCAUUGAUGAGUUUGAUAAGAUGGGGAAUCAGCACCAGGCACUGCUGGAAGCAAUGGAACAGCAGAGCAUCAGUAUUGCAAAAGCAGGAAUUGUGUGCAGUUUACCAGCUCGAACCUCUAUCAUUGCAGCAGCGAAUCCUGUAGGUGGCCAUUACUCCAAGAGCAAAACUGUCUCAGAAAAUCUCAAAAUGGGAAGUGCCCUUCUCUCCAGAUUUGACCUUGUUUUCAUUCUUUUGGAUAAACCAGAUGAGGAAAUGGACAGCAUGCUAUCAGACCAUGUGAUGGCUUUGCAUGCUGGAAAAAACAGGUCAUUGGAAACCGUUACAGUCAGACGACACAGCCUUAAUACCAGUGCAAACUCGUCCUUGCUCGUCUGUGAAGCUGAUAAGCCUCUGUCAGAGAGACUGAAGAUUUCCCCUGGAGAACACAUUGAUUUCAUCCCUCACCAGCUCCUUAGAAAGUUUGUUGGCUAUGCCAGAAAGUAUGUCUAUCCAAAAAUAGGACCAGAGGCGGCAAAAGUACUGCAGAAUUUCUACAUUACUCUCCGGAAGCAGCACCAGGGUCUGGAUAGCACCCCCAUCACGACCCGGCAGUUGGAAUCACUGAUCAGGCUCACUGAGGCCCGAGCCAGACUGGAACUCCGGGAAACUGCUACCAAGGAAGACGCAGAAGAUGUCAUUGAAAUCAUGAAAUACAGUAUGGUAGACACCUACUCAGACCAGUUUGGUAGCCUCGACUUCCUGAGAUCCCAGCACGGAUCGGGGAUGAGUGGACGCUCAAAGCCUAAGAAGUUUGUUGGGGCAUUGCAGAAAGUGUCAGAGAGAACAUACAACUCCAUCUUCACAGUCCAGCAGAUGAGACAAAUAGCUCAGGAAAUUGGAUUGAAUGUACCAGAUUUUGAAGGUUUUGUGGCAUCAUUAAACAAUCAAGGGUUCCUCCUAAAGAAAGGACCGAAAGUGUACCAAUUACAGACAACUGAUUACUGAGUCGUUACAAAUACAGUCAAACCUCGUUAUCUUUAAACAAGCAAGGGUUUCUCCUAAAGAAAGGACUUAAAGUGUACCAAUUGCAGACGACCAAUUACUGACAGUCGUUACAAAUACAGUCAAACCUCGUUAUCUUGGACUCGGAGGGGGGCGAGAAAAAACUUCAAGAUAGCCAAGGAUUUGAAAGAAUAAGUGGUUGGGACUUCAGAAUCACUUCGAUAUACAUGUAUAUCCAAAGUAUUCAAGAUAUCAGUGUUCAAGAUACUGAAGUUCAACUGUAUAUCCUCUGUGCUGCUACGACUGAAAAUUACUCUCCACUGUACGUGAUGCUGUGUUUAUGUGUCAAAUGAGUUCUCUUAUUUAUUGUAUUGUUAAAGAACUACAUGUUAUAUUGACUAUAUCCUGCCCCCUAAAACACAUUAUGAAAUCCAUAUCAUUGAUAUAAAACUUCAGAAAACCAACUUGUUUCACAACAGUAAAAGUCUGUUUAUUUUAUGAUGUCAUUAUUUAGAGAUGAUACCAUGAAAUUUUUGGAAUUUCGUAUUUUUCAAAAUUAUGGUAUUGCACAUUAGUUUUCUGGCAGGAAAACAUACAAUGCAGGCAUGACCAAAAAACAUUUAAUGAGUAAUUGUAUGUGGAUAAUAUGUUGAGCUGAGCUGGCAAGAAAUUUUUAUUUUAUGACAAGCAAAUUGGUAUCUUUUAGACACUGUCUGGCAUAGGGUAGAUUCGUAUAAAUCACACAAUUAAAUGUUUCAUAUGGGCAGAUAAUAGUCAAAUACCAAUCACAUUUAUUAAUAUUCAUACUGAUUGUAUUUAUGUGCUAAAUAAAUGAUGAAUAUUAAA